AUGACCACUUUGAAGGGGGGACAAAAUGAUGUAUUUGCAAGCCAAACAACAACUGUCGUACCAGAAUGCUUUUCUCCAGAUAAUGCUGGAUUGGCCCCGUACGGCUUCCGAACCAACCAGGCUGGAAGUAUCAGAGAAUACGAGUACGAGCAAAGAAAUUAUCAAGAAAUGGCGCAAAGGAGGAGUCACACCCAGCGACCAAAUGACAAGCAUCUUGAUGAGUUUCCCCUUGAGCGGGUGGGAGAGAACAUCACCCCCGAUGGCCACGUAGUUGACCGAUCACCCGUACCUCGCCAGCCGGACAAUCUGAAGGUUUGCAUAUGGGAGCAGAAGUCAGGAUACUCAGAAGUCGUGUAG